GAAAACAUUUAGUACAUGUAUGGAGCGGGUGAAUAUCGGCAAUAGAGAGCUCUAUGAUGACGUUCAUGACUUCCGAGCUCUCUGAUUCGCCAAUCUUUUCAAAGCUCAAAGUUCCAUGUCAACUCUUCGCAACGCUCUAUGCAACCUCAAUACAUUCGCCCCCAAACGACUAACAUACCACGGAAACCAAUACUUUAAUCAUCGAAUUGAAUACGUAUAAUACGAAACUACUUUAAACAAGCAAAGAACACCCCUCGUGGAAACAACACCAUUAUGUCUCGCCUCCGCAAAAUCAGCCCCUCCAUUCCCGAAAUCGCAAACGCAAUCAUCGCCCCGCGGUCGAAUCUUUCAGCCUGUGCAAGUACAAGAUGGGGUUCUUGCCAGAAUUUAACCCCAGGAGUUACAUUCUCAAAUCCAUUCAAAGUUUCAUAUCCAGCACCCUCCUCCAUCUGCCAAUCUCGUCAAUACUCCCAAUCCGCCCCCCGCAAACCUUCCUCCCCCGCAAGAUCCACCUCCACGCCAAUAUCUUCUUCCUCUCCCCGUUCUCAAUCCCAUCCUCCUGCGACCCGUGACCGCGGUCCGCCUUCUUCAGAAACUACACAGACGGAUUUUUCGGUCCUAGAUGUAUUGGGGAAUACGCCGAUGCCGAGCACGAGUAUUGAUGCGUGUUUGAGCGACGGGUUUCAUUUGAAUAGUGGCGUCAAGGUAGGUGGCGAUGGGGUUUUCAAGGAUGGGAAAUGGAGGAGAGGGAGCGGGGUUUUGUUGGUAGGGGGUGAGGCGUUUGGGUGGAAGCCUUGGGUUGGGGGUGCGAAGGAGGGGGAGGAAUUGGAAUUGGUUAAUCAGAAGGGCCAAUUUGAGUGCGGGGAUGAGGCGUGGGGGAUUCUGGGGUGUGUGUGGCCUAGACCUGAUCUUUUAAUCCUCGGCUUAGGCAAAGAUAUGCGACCCAUAUCCCCCAAGACACGCGCAUAUAUCAAUGGAUUAGGGAUUCAAAUAGAAAUCGCAGAUACAAGGAACGCAGCUGCGCAAUUUAAUUUAUUGGCGACGGAACGAGGGGUCGGGAGUGUAGCAGGAGCAUUGAUACCAAUUGGUCGGUAAAGAAGAGGUGACAGAUAUCAUGGCGUCAUGAGAUCUGUUGUUGGGGGGAGAAGGAUAUUUUGGAAGGAUAUUCUCAAAUGAGCGUGGGAAUCAAAAUGAAAAUAAAGUAUCAAGUCAAGUGUAAACACAUAUCCAAACUCGGAAGAUUUUCCUCUCCACACAACACAACACAAUUCUACUGUAUCCAGCUCGCCGAGACGCAACGCAAGGGUCUUUAUGGUAUGUCGUAUCUACAAUUCAAGACCAUACAAAUCCCCUCAUCUCUCUUUCCCCCAAAAUUCACACACCGGAUCAGGUAAUAAAGUACUGCAAACUCACCUACUACCAUCACUAUCGAGAGAAGUGACUCGCUGUCGUGUUUUAUUGUGAAUUUGUA